AAAAAAAAAGCAAGCUUUCCAAUCCAUCUAGGGUUCCGUUCGUCUCUUCCAAUGGCCGAUGUGACCGAAGCUCCCGCCGAAUUCGCCGGCGGUCAGCCGCGGGAGAAUUCCACUUCGCCACCGCCGCCACAAACAACUGCACCGGCGUCUUCGUCUCAGCCAUCACAGCAGCAGCAGCAGUCGACUCGCCGCGGCGAGAGAGAUUCCAGCGAGCGGCGCGACGACAAGGACACUGAGCGUGCGCCACCGAAUCUCCGUGGAGGGGAAGAAAACUACGACCGCGACAGGGACCGGGAACGAAACCGUGAGCGUUCGCCGUUUCCUCCGCCGCCGCGGAGGGAGUAUAAGAGGCGGCCGAGCGUGAGCCCUCCGCCACCGUACCGAGAUCGGCGUCAUUCACCUCCUGCGCGCCGGUCUCCACCUUAUAAGCGUAGGAGGGACGAUAACGGGUAUGGUGGUCGCCGGGGUAGCCCUCGCGGUGGCUAUGGGCCGCCGGAUAGAAGGUUUGGAUAUGACUAUGGCAGAGGAUAUGAUCGUGAAAUGGGUGGGAGGCCUGGUUACCUAGCUGAUAGGCCCCAUGGUCGCUAUAUGGGUCGCUAUCAAGACUGGGAUGGAGGCCGUGGAGGUUGUGGUGGUGAUUUUUCCGACAGCGGAAGUGCAAGGGAAGGCUUGAUGUCAUACAAACAGUUUAUUCAGGAGUUGGAAGAUGAUGUGUUGCCAUCGGACGCCGAACGCAGAUAUCAAGAAUACAAAUCAGAGUAUAUCACAACACAAAAACGUGUCUUCUUUGAUGCCCACAAAGAAGAAGAAUGGUUGAAGGACAAAUACCAUCCUACAAAUUUACUCACUGUCAUUGAGAGGAGGAAUGAACUUGCACAGAAGGUGGCAAAGGAUUUUUUAUUUGAUUUGCAAAAUGGGAAGCUAGACUUAGGUCCUGGAGUGACAACAUUGAGUAAACCUGGGCAGACCAGUGAGCCAAACUCUGAGGAUGAAGCAGAUGGUGGCGGUAAAAGGAGGAGACGUGCUAGAGGACCUGCUAAAGAAAAUGAUCUUCUUUUAGCUGCGCCCAAAGCUCACUCUGUCAGUUCUGAACCAAGGAGAGUCCUAGUUGACAUUGAACAAGCACAAGCUCUUGUGCGUAAGUUAGAUUCUGAAAAAGGAAUAGAGGAAAAUGUUUUAUCUGGCUCAGAUAAGGAAAAAUCAGGUAGGGAUAAGUUACACAGUGGCUCCACUGGUCCGGUUAUAAUCAUAAGGGGUUUAACCUCUGUGAAAGGCCUCGAGGGUGUUGAAUUGCUUGAUACUCUUGUAACUUAUCUUUGGCGUGUUCACGGUUUGGAUUACUACGGAAUGAUUGAAACAAAUGAGGCUAAGGGUCUGAGGCAUGUGAGAGCAGAAGGAAAGGGUUUGGAUUCAAAAGAGGAUGAGUGGGAAAAGAAACUUGACUCACGUUGGCAGGACAGACUAAAAGGUCAAGAUCCCAUGGAAGUGAUGGCUGCCAAAGAGAAAAUAGAAGCUGCUGCUGUUGAAGUUUUAGAUCCACAUGUUCGAAAGAUUAGGGAUGAGAAGUACGGCUGGAAGUAUGGUUGUGGAGCCAAGGGCUGCACGAAGCUAUUCCAUGCUGCUGAAUUUGUGCACAAACAUCUGAAGCUAAAACAUCCUGACCUUGUGAUGGAGCUGACUGCCAAAGUGCGGGAAGAACUGUAUUUUCAGAAUUAUAUGAACGAUCCCAAUGCUCCAGGUGGACAACCAGUGAUGCAGCAACCGAGGGACAGGCCUUUUAGACGUAAACCAGGCAUAGAAAACAGACUGAGGGAUGACCGUGGACGCAGAGAUCGUGAUGGACGGGCUAAUGUCAAUGACAGAUUUGAUCGGUCAGACAAUCCACAACCAGGUGAAGGUGAUGCUCCUGAUGGGUGUAAUCCCGAUGAAGCUGGAUACGAUGCAUUUGGCGAACAAGGUGUGCAUGUUCCUCCAUUCUCUUCAGACAUUCCUCCACCACCAGUGUUGAUGCCUGUUCCCGGUGCUGGGCCCCUAGGACCGUUUAUCCCAGCACCGCCUGAAGUUGCAAUGCAGAUGUUCAGAGACCAAAGUGGCCCUCCUCCUCCAUUUGAAGGUAGCGGCAGAGGUGGAAGGUCUGGACCUCCGCUGGGUGGACCAGCCCCUUUUCUGCUGCAACCAUCCUUUAGACAGGACCCCAGACGGUUACGCAGCUAUCAAGAUCUGGAUGCCCCCGAGGAAGAAGUCACCGUUAUUGAUUACAGGAGCUUGUAGAGAGAGAAAUUCAGAAGCUGCAUUCAGGAGUUAGCUAGCUUGUCCGAGGCGGGAAGUCAUAUGAACUUUUUGCUGCCAUGCAAAGCAGCUUGACAUCCGCUCUGGAUGUUAUAUAUAUAUUUGCAAAGGGCGACGAUAGAACCCGAGAAUCAUACCGUCUGCUGAUGAGAACAGCCAUGGCCGUACAGCAGGAGCGCUUGCCGAAAUGCAUUUUGGUUCUUCCCCGUCGUCGUCGUUAUCAGUGUAAUUCUAUCUACCUACAUAAUUUUACUGGAAAAAUGGUUUGUUUGAGACCGCAGUGGGAAUUAGAAGUGGAGGACAAUUUUUCUACUGUAGAAUUGAGGAUCUAUCUUUUUCAUCUGUGUGGAGAAUAAUUAUUAUUGAAAGCUGUUUUUGUUCAUUCA